UUUCUCCGCUGGAGAUGCGCUCGCUUGCGACGGCGACGGCAGCGCUGGCCUACGUCGCUCUUGCCAGCAUCGCCAUUGGAUUUAGCGAUGCUUCCUUCCAUAAGAGCGUAUGUCCGCCAUACAUGGAUCUGCAGAUCCAUGACGAGUUCAUUGUAACCUUUACCAAGUACGACAACCUGCGUAACCUCGAGUCGAGCCUCGACGUGCUCGUGGCAUCGUAUCCCGUGCCUCUGAGUUCAUCGUCAUCGUUGCACCGUCGUGCAAUCAAGAUCAACCAUGACGUUCCGACCGACUUUGUUGUGUGGACCCUCUUUGACUGGUCGCCGCUCUCCGUGAUCCACUGGCUCGGACUGCAGCCCGGGGUCAAAUCGAUCGUGAGGAAUCGCCGCCUCCAUUUGACUUCGUUAAACACCCAACCUGCGUCGCCGCAAGAGGACGACACAAUGCCGACAUCGGCGACGUGGAAUUACAUGGAGGCAUGGGACAUGGCUCAACUGCGCGCGCAGAACAUCACAGGCCACGGUGUCAAGGUAGCCAUUUUCGACACGGGGCUGGACCCAGACAGCGCACGGCGCCAUUUCCGCCACGUCGACGACAUCAUCAACUGGACCGACGAGCCUGUGCUGCGCGACAGCGACGGUCAUGGCAGUUUUGUCGCUGGUGUCGUCGGCAGUGUCCAUCGCGCUUGCCCCGGUAUCGCCCCCGACGCUUCGCUCGUCUCGUUUCGGGUCUUUACGACCUCGAGUGCAUCGUAUACGUCUUGGCUCCUCGACGCGCUCAACUACGCCAUGUACCUUGGCGUGGAUGUGCUCAACUUUAGCUUUGGCGGGCCAGAUUUCCACGAUGCGCCAUUUAUGGACAAAAUCCACGAGUGCGCGGCGAGUGGCAUUGUGGUCAUGUCUGCUGUCGGGAACGGCGGCCCGCAGUACGGAACAUUGACCAACCCAGCGGACCAAAUCGAUGUGUUUGGCAUUGGCGGGCUCGGCUCGACUCCUUCCACGAUCGCGCCGUUCUCUGCACGCGGUCAAAGCCUCUGGGAGAUUGCGACGGGGUAUGGUCGUGUGAAGCCAGAUGCGGUGGCACCCGCCACGUUUGUCAAAGGCCUGUAUCCUGGUGGAGACAAGUGCCGAAUGAUGAAUGGAACGAGCAUGGCUGCGCCGCUGGCGACUGGAAUGGUGGCCCUCGUUCUGUCCCAAAUACCAUCGAUCGAGCGCAAACGGUUCGGUCACGUCGGGUUCGUCAAGGGUGUCUUUCUCCAAACGGCCCGCCGGCUCCCGUCCAUAUGGAAUGCGACGAUGCGGUCCACGGAGGCUGGCAAUACGUGGCAGCACAUUUACGAACAAGGGGCGGGCAGCCUCGACGUGAACGCAGCGUUGGCAGCGCUGCCUUUGGCCAUGGCGGCUCCAACAGCGGUGCUAUUGCCAUCGUCCCUCAAUCUUACCGACUGCCCGUAUAUGUGGCCCCACUGUUUGCAGCCGUUGUACCACACGCGCCUUCCCCUGACCAUCAAUAUCACGAUGUUCCACCCGACGGCCUUGACUAGCCAGCUCGUGGGAGCGCCCAAAUGGACCCCAUCGUCAGCAGACAGCGACAUCUUGUCCAUCCAAACGUUUCCUGGCUCCGAGAUGUUCUGGCCGUAUUCUGGCGCGAUUGGCGUCCACAUUCGCGUAACUCGGCCCGUGCUGCGCCGCAUGACCGUGUCGGGGCGCUUGACGUUGUUCAUCUCGGAUUCGCCGCCGGUCGAGCUCUACAUUGAAGUUCCGGUGAUACCGGCGCCGCCGCCACGUCAACGGGUGUUGUGGGACCAGUACCGCAACCUCCAAUACCCCUCUGGAUACAUUCCCCGCGACAACCUGCAUCAACACACGGAUCCGUUUGAUACCCAAGGCGACCAUGCGCACACCAACUUUGGCGAUUUCUUUCACCGGCUCGUCGUUCAGCACAAGUUGUACGUGGAGGUGCUUACGACAGACUACUCGUGUGUGGACGACUUGUCUGUGUACGGGUUGCUGCUGGUUGUCGACCCCGAAGAGCCGUGGUUCCCGACCGAAGUCGCCCUCGUCCAUGCGGCAAUGCGAUCGAGCGAUUUGAGCGUGUUCGUCAUUGCCGACUGGUACAGCCCCACCGUCCUGACCUCCAUGUCGUUCUGGGACGCCAAUACCCUGAGCACGUGGCUCCCAGUGACCGGCGGCGCCAAUAUCCCUGCAAUCAACACGCUCUUGGCGGCGUUUCGCAUUCGACUGAGCCACCGCGCGUGGUCCAACCCCGGCAUCAUGUACCUGUCGGGAUCUGCCAUCGUCGACCUCCCCGACCUCGGCUUUGUCAUGUGGGCCAACCUUACCCAAGACUCGACUGGACCGACCGGCCUCUCUCCACGACGGAUCGCGUCCUUUGAGUCGGUGAAGAGUGCCAACAACGCCGCCGUUCCACCAAACGACAGCCAAAAGAUGGCCGUCGCCGCCUUGGUCCCACUCCAAGGCGCCAAUGCUGGCCGCGUCGUCGUCUAUGGCGACUCGUCCUGCGUGGAUUCGUCCAUCGCUGCAUCGUCGGAUGCGAAAGCGACUUGCGAAGGGUGGAUCGAUGGCCUGAUCGAGUACGCGCUUCGAGGAAAGCUUCCAGAGGGAGUCGAAGCAGUGAAUAACCUGCACGUGCGCGAGGACGUCGACCAUGACGCUGCAGACAUCCGUGCGCAGACGCUCCUGGCCAAAUAUUCCAAGGUCCUAGGGCACGCCCCUGCUUGCCCCAAUGUCGCCUUUGGCUAAACAUGUCGAUUGUGGAUGCUGAAAGUCGAUUCCAUCCUCGCUCAGAUCCAAAGAACCGACGUCGGGUAGCAGCGCCAAAAACGUUGUUGGCCAGAAAGCAAGCCAACAUGACCCGUAUUUAUAAAUUGCGCCCACAAGGAACACGCUUACAAUUCGCCCAGGCGCGACGCAUCCGUUUCAAAUGCGAACUUGGCCUCGUCCCGCGCCGCCUCGAGUGGAGAUUUCUUCUUUGGCUCGAUCUUGAUCUCUUGCUUUGUUUCCUUGGGCUUUCCAGGUGCAGGCACGUCGGCAGAGGUGGCAACGCUUUGCUUGGGCUCCUCCACCACCGCGCCAUUUUCUACAAAUUCCUUGGCGCGGGUCACAGCAGUACGGAAUGCCUUGUUGCAAAUCAUGAGUGCGUUUUUCGGACGUGUCGUCCGCAAGUAGUCGCACGACUGCGACUGCAGCGAUCCCAACACAGCAUCUGCACUGCCCGUGUUGGAGCAAUACUCCUCACACGCUCGCUGUCCACCUAGAUGCAUUACAGUCAAGAACGGACCAUGAACGAAAUGCAUACCCUUGCGGUACGCAUCGACGCAAAAGUUGUACAGUGUCGGGCGUGGAAGUUGGUCGCGAUACGUAGUGCACAGGUCCUCUUCACCGUUUAGCGUAUGCUGGUUGCAUGUAGACAAGCACGAUGCUGAUGCUUGAUGCACUAAGGCCGCCGCGAUCGCUGGUCCAACGAGCUUCAUCGGAAGUCGAGAUGUGACUCCGGCGCCGGUUGGC